CGUUCCUCACGCUCUCUUGCCACUAGGCGUCCCGCACCGGCAUAGCUUCAUCGAUAGCAGUAAAUAAAUAGGCCACCGCUCACCGAGGUUCAGGGAAGGGAGGAAGAAGUCGAUCUCAGGCUCAGACCACAGAGCGGAUAAGCUCAAACCCGUACUCGUACUGCUCCUGCUCUGCUUUGUCCCCCCUCUCUCUGUAUUGAGCUCACACGAGGAGGGAAGGGAACUCCAUCGAUCUGAGAGAGAGCUAGUCUGCUGUUUCGGCCAUGGCUGCACGAGCGCUGACCGCUGCCGGCCGCCGGGUGGCCGGCCAGAGCCAGACCAGGCCGACGCCUCUUCUUGCCUCCUCCAGGAGCGGAUCCAAGCACUCCUCGGUGCUGCCGGACGAGAACAUCGGCGAGGGCGCGCUGGACGGCGGCGAAGACGCGCCGUGGGUGCCCGACCAGGACACGGGCGUCUUCGUCCCCGCCCAUGCCGAUGCCUACGCUGACGACUACUGCGGCGGCGCGCAUCCCGCCCCACCGCACAUGUACGGAGGCGCCGCCCCGGGUGGGUCGACGGCUUCGGUGCUGGACCAGGCGGUGUUCGUCCGGGAGGAGGAGAUGGAGGACGUGGAGAGGCCCGCCAUGGACCUGAACGACGCCAACGGCGGCAGAAACAACUAAGCUGCUGGUGCAAGUAGCCGCAUGCCUGCAUCUGCAUCGAUCAGAGGCCUGUAGUUUCAGACUGCCAGACUCCGUGGUAGAAUUAAUCCCAUGGAUGCAUCUCUCGAAUUCUGUAGUAAUAAAAGGCUCUCAGUUCACUGCUGCUAA